UUUAUAUACGUAUUUAUUGGCAUUGUCAAUUGGAUUUCUCUCACCUUGGUACUUCAUCCGAGACUCUCCAGACUCAUGAGAUGUUAGAUUUUUGAAAACCAGGACCGCCUUGUUGGCCAAUUCUUUCUUUCUUUCUUUUUUACUUGUGGCCGCCCUUCCCCCAAGAGGUUUAUCCAUUUUUUUCUAUUUCAGUUCAUCGAUAAGAUAUCCCCAAGUCUAUAACAGCAGGCGAUUCUAUCAUCAAUAUGAGCAAAGGCGAAGCCAAAUCCCACCCAAGGAAAUUAAUAACAAGACAAGAAGCUAACACAAAGGCACUAAGUGAAAAAAAUACAUUGCGACUUGAUAUUCAAUACCCACAAGCACCCAGUAUAACAAUACAAUUCCAGGAACUCCAAGAUAUACCAUACUCAAAUUAAGAUUCUUUUUUAAAAAAAAGCAAAAACUCUGGCUCACAUUCGAAAAGCAAAACAAAGCAAAAAAAAAGCGCACCCACACAUACACACAUUUUCAUUUUCUUCCUACAGCAGCAAAAAACAUUAUAGCCAUCACAGGCACUAUACAUGAUAAUAUUCCCGAAUUUUAUUUUACAUACAGACACCAACAGGAAAAAAAAUCUUCCUAGUAUCAACUCAAAUUUCCAGUAGACAAUUUUUUUUUUCAUUUAUAUAUAUUUAUAAUCAUUUGCAUAUACAACAAUUGUAAUCAAAAAUCCCAGGCCAAGUUUGCACAAGACCAUCAUUCUUACCGUAAUCCGAUUCCUCCUCAUCAGGUCCGCAUCAGUCAGUUAUCACUAUAUUUUUUAUACCUCGAAGAAUUAAUACUACACAUCAGCCCCAGGUUGUAGCCUUCAAGACAACUAUCAAAAGAUAAGUACAAUAUUCUUUUUAUAAAUCCAGUAUGAUUCAGCCAAUGUUAUUAGAUAAAACAUUUUCCCCCGGCCCAUGCAAGAGGCCAGACCGGAUUCGUGGUAGAACCUGAACAUGGACACCUCAUUCUUCCAAUCAUUUUUCAGAAAGUACACAAGAAUGUCCCACAAAUCUUAACGACCUCAUUAGCCGCGAGGUAAGUAAGGGACAUGUUCGAGUCACUGAAGAUUAUCGGUCAAAUGUCGCCCUCAUGCGUUGAUCCGUGUUUUUCCUGGACAAGAUCACAAGCCCAUUUCCGGUUGAAAUUUCCCUAUCCAAAAAAAAAAGAGAUCGAAAAGAAAACAAUGAAACUGAAGAAACUACCUUGAAAAUACAUCUGAAGAAAAAAGAAUUGAAUGAAUUUCACUCAUCGUUCCAAUUUUACUUUAUAUCAUAUAUUCAAUAUUUCUUAUUUCUUGCAAUAUUAUUUUUUUAUUCACACGGUAUAUUAUUUAUUCAAUACAUUCUACAUUCUACUAUACAACUCAAAAAAAAAAAGACAUAUCAUAUCAUCACCUUUAAAUAAAAUUAUGUGCGUACAUUGGGUUUUUCUAAAUCCUCCAUC